AUGUCGCCACCACUACUACCAUCUUCACAUUCCCUCUCCUCGCAUCCCCGCAUCCCCUCCAGCGCAAUCCCCCCCCACUCUCGCAAAACGACAAUCAGCGCCUGGGGCCACAAAUAUGUCCCAACCCCCCUCCACCCAGCCGCCCAAGUCCUAACCACUCACCAAGAGUCCUGGGACACACUAGCAGACGAAGCGCUAGACCUCCUAACCCUCCUCCGGAUCCCUUCCCCCCCUGCCUCUCCUACAUCCCCCCAGAAGGACCUCUAUACAACCCCCAAGGAACACCACGACACCCACCCCACCUUAUCAACCUUGUGGCAGCGGGUGGACACGGUACCAGCAUGGGUGGAUUGGGAACAAAUCUCCCGCGGGCAGGACGUCUUCUACAGAUACUCUGGCGCGAUGCUGAUGGGGCUUUGUUAUAUGAGCCUAUUAGGCGGCAUGGGUGCCUCCCGUAUCGCAGAGGUACUAUAUAGAACGGGAGGGUUCUCAACGGGCACUGCUAGGAGGAGGAUGUUUGAGACCAUGCAGCAUAUACUCCAAUGCACCAAAUCUCUAGAAUCAAUAAAACCUGGGGGCGCUGGCCAAAUUUCCAGCAUUAAAGUCAGACUCUUGCACGCUGCCGUGCGGAAGAGGAUCCUGGAGAUUGAGAGGAGGAACCCCGGCUACUACUCUGUUAAGGAGUUUGGUGUUCCCGUGAAUGAUUUGGACUCUAUUGGAACGGUGUUGAGUUUUAGUGCGAAUAUGGUUUGGGGGGCGUUGCCGAAGCAAGGGUUGUUCCUGAGUUCUAGAGAGGUCGAGGAUUAUAUCGCACUAUGGAGGUUAAUUGCGCACUAUGUUGGGUGCCCGACGCACCCCUUCUCCACCUCUGCUCGGGCAAGGGCCUAUUACGACGUGCUCAUUACAACCCAGAUCUCUCCAACACCAACUUCCGCCCUUCUGGCAACUAACAUCCUCACCUCCCUGGCCUGCCAACCCCCCACAUACCCAACCCGCACCUACCUCCUUGCCUCAACCCGCUGGCUGAACCCCCCUUGCCUCUGCGAUGCCCUGGGCCUCCCACCCGUGCAACUCUCCUCGAAAAUACUAGUCUUGGCGCAGUGCAUCCUCAACUGCUACCUUGGAUACACCGCGCGCUUCGUCCCCUGGUUCGACAAACGACAUGGAGCCGUUGCCCGGGAAACGCUAUGGAAGGUAAUAGUCCUCGGAGAGAUUGGACUGGGCGGCGAGACAGGGUUUGAGUUCUCGUACGUGCCGAUGUUGGGGAAGGGAACGGGGGCGGGUGAAGCGGUGGAUACGGGGGAGAGGGGCACCAUGGGGAGGAGGAGUGUGAAGGUUCUGGGCAUAUUCCUUCUUGUGGUAGGGGUUUUGGGUGUGGUAUUGGGGUGGUGUUUGGUACGGGGUGCCCAGGCACUUUGGAGGAUGACUAUUCUUGCUUGUUUGAAUACACACGACGACAACAGCAUGCCAUCGUGGCCCUCUAGACUCUUCUCGACAAAUAACGACUCUGACGGGAUGAUGAAGCACGGGAGGUCUAGGUCUCAACAAACUUCUGCCUCGGCGGGGUGGACGGGGAGUCCUGGACGCGGUGGGGGAGGAAGUGCUAGCGGUCGCGGGAUUACAGAGGGGGGAGGCGGAGGAGGGGGUAGCAGGAGUAGUAACGCGCAAUUUGCGACGGGCCAUUGCAUGUGCUGUGAUUGUACGGUUCGGUGGCCGUCAAACCUGAAUGUUUUUAGAUGCACGGUUUGCAUGACUAUCAACGACCUAAAGCCGGUCCCCUCGGGGCCGCCGGGGACUCCGGAUACCCCGUUAAAGGAAGUACCUCCGGUGUCCCUCGCGGGGACCAAAGCUAUAAUAGACACUUGCGUGGAGGAGUACCUCGACACCCGGAAGUGGAUUAAGCAGAUGCCGGCAUAUGCGCCCCCGCCCCCGCCCGUCGGGGGCGGGGGAGAAGGAUCCGUGCCGGGUGACAUCCCCGGAACUCCGAAUGCCUUCCCCGUCUUUGACUCCCGCAGGCCGUUGGUAUCCUUCUUAAGUAGGUCAGAGGGUGCCGUUAUGCCGUCUACAUCUGCCCCUAGCGCCAUGCCCUCCGUGGGCGAUGCCCCCGGGUCACUGCCGGGGAAGUCAGGGAAAGAGAAGGGUGAGGGGGAUGCGAAGGACUCCGGUCGGGAGCUCGCUAAAAAUAUGUUUAAGCGGUUGGAGGACUACUUAUUUCUAGCAUUUAAUGAUUGGGAAUGUCUUAAUGGGAGUUUCGUUAAGGAGCGGAAGGAUUCUGGGGGACGCAACAAAACCGAGGGGGCGGAAAUUGGCAUGAGUGAACUGGGAAGCAGGUCGCGAGGGAGGAGGGAGGAUAUAGCUUUUGUCACGGAGAAUAUUGGAGAGAAGGAAGCUACGUUGCUGAUGGGAAGGGGAAGAGUUGCAGACGCUAGGGGUUAUAACAAGUCCGAAAGAGCGGAUAGGAGUCGUGCGGAUGCGAAGUUUAGUAUUCGUAGUCCUGGCAUUGAUUGGGAUGCCGUCAAUGAGUUUUAUGACAUGAUUACGAAUGCCGGGGGAGAUUAUGCACUGGAAAGGGCUUUGCAUCGGUCUAAUAGCGGGGAUAAGGAGGGAGACUCGAAGGAGCUGUCUGAAAGUUUACUCUCCCGGAGGCUGGGGUGGGAAGAUGAGAUUAUGGAGAUAUCGGCGGAGAUAGAGGAGGCCAGGGAUAAUAUUGCUAGAAUCUUAUUGAAGGCUACUGAGAGCGUGCUGAAACGCCCUGGACGGCCACUGAAGAAGCCAGAGGAGGUUCGAUUCUUGCUUGUAAUACUGGCAAAUCCUCUGUUAUAUCCAUCGUUCUCCCGGGCGUCUACUAGGUACCCUUCUAAUUCAUCUUCCCAUAGUGGGGUAGGUGGUGGCCCAGGGCACAAUCCUGGUAUCGUAAAGCGGAUUCUUGGUUUAUUGUCAAAUCUUCCAAACGAAUGUCAUCACUAUCUCGUUUCGUGGUUUACAAGGAUGCCGGAAACACAGUUCCGGCGGUUGAUCGAGCUUGUAGGAAGCUUCAUUACUUACCGACUUACUAGACAGGAAGGAAGGAAACGAUCGCAUGCAGGUGGGUCUGCGGCAUCGGCGGGUGGGCGGUUGUCAUAUAAUGACGAUUGGCAGAUCCGUGCUGCAGCCCGGGUCAUGUCAUUAUUCUUCUCGGCGAACAAUAAUACUGCCGGCCGCCGUGGCCUACAGGGUUCUAGCUAUGAUACGGCGGAUGAUAAUUUAAACUAUGGCCAGAUCGCGCGACGUGAGGCACGGAGGAGGGGUCAGAUUAUACCCACAAGCGAAUUUUAUAAUAUGCUGCUCGAUUACCAAGACCUCAUAGCUGACUUUGACGUCUGGGAAUCGAGGGCGUCGAGGUUUUGCUUUUGUCAAUAUCCGUUUCUGUUAUCCAUGGGUGCCAAGAUAUCUAUUCUUGAGCACGACGCGAAGAGACAGAUGGAGGUGCAAGCUAGACACGCAUUCUUCAAUAGUAUCGCGAGCCGCAGGACUAUAAAUCAGUAUCUAGUACUGAAAGUCCGGAGGGAAUGUCUAGUUGAGGAUAGCUUGAAGGGCAUUAGUGAAGGGGUAGGUAGCCUUGAUGACAUCAAGAAGGGGCUAAGAAUUGAAUUUAUCGGCGAGGAUGGUGUUGAUGCUGGGGGCCUGAAGAAGGAAUGGUUUCUCCUGGUUGCUCGAGAUGUUUUUGACCCAAGUUACGGUAUGUUUGUAUACGAUGACGAUUCUCAAUACUGUUACUUCAAUCCGAACUCCCUCGAAUCUUCGGAGGAGUUUUUCCUUGUCGGGGUGUUGUUUGGUCUGGCUAUUUACAAUUCCACCAUCCUGGACGUGGCCUUGCCGCCAUACAUCUUCAAGAAGCUCCUUCACUUCACUGUACCGCAUAGUCUCGCGGUGUCCUCCAUCCGCCCACCUUUGCAUCACACCCUCGAGGACCUUGCUGUUUUUAGGCCCUCACUAGCCCAUGGACUGCGCCAGUUACUCGAGUUUGAGGGAGAUGUCGAAUCGACAUUUUGCCGCGACUUUGUCGCCGAAACCGAAAGGUUCGGUCAAGUAAUACGUGUGCCGCUCUGCCCCAACGGCGAGAACCGACCCGUGACCAGUUCCAACCGUAGGGAAUUCGUUGACCUAUACCUAAACUACCUCCUCAACUCCUCCGUCGCGAAGCAAUUUGAGCCCUUCAAGCGCGGCUUCUACACCGUAUGCGGCGGCAACGCGCUGGCACUCUUCCGCCCUGAGGAAAUCGAGCUGUUAAUCCGCGGUUCGGACGAAGCGCUUGACGUUUCCGCACUCAAAGCAGUUGCUAUAUACGAUGGCUGGGGCGGCGGGAAUCCAGCUGAGAAUGACCCAAUUGUGAAGUGGUUCUGGAACUUUUUUGAAAAGAUCACGCCAAAAGAGCAGAGGAUGCUGCUGAGCUUUAUUACUGGCAGCGAUCGGAUUCCGGCUAUGGGUGCGACGAACUUGAUCAUUAAGGUAGUUUGCCUAGGUCAGGAUAGUAAUAGGUUCCCGGUUGCGAGAACAUGCUUUAAUCAAAUUUGCUUGUGGAGGUAUAAGCGGAGAGAGAAGUUGGAAGCACUGCUCUGGAGGGCAGUGACGGAGAGUGAGGGCUUUGGAUUGAAGUGAUGCUCAGUAUGUGGGGGGACGGGAGUAUCGGCAUGCGGGGGGGAGGUAAAUUUGCUUAGCUCAUUCUUAAUUAUUAGCGCCUGUCUUCUUGCUCUUUUUCUUUCGUCUGGCUGGCUGUUUGUUACAUUCCCUGUUCAUUGUUCGUAAUAUUAUGAUACUCGUUGAACCGAA